CGGUGGCAACGGUUCAUGCACCGGACCCGGUUCCGACUCCGAACCCAACUCCGAUGCCUAAUCCACCCUUUGUUCAGCGGCAACAGCAGCAGCAGCGAACUCCGGCGAAGAGGGGCCCGAAGCCCAAAGAGAGGGCUGGUGCCGGAGAACAAAGGCCGAGUCCUAACAUUGCGACGACGGGGACGACCUCGCAAGCUCGGACGAGCGACCCGGUUGAGUCUGAAACCGGUUCGAGUUUCUGGACGGCGUGCCCGUACUGUUACGUUAUGUAUGAGUACCCGACGUUGUACGAGGACUGUACUCUAAGGUGCCAGAGCUGUAGAAGGGGAUUUCAUGCGGUGAAGGUGCGGACGCCGCCGGUGGCGGGGAAAGAUUCGUAUUAUUGCUGUUGGGGGUUUUUCCCGUUAGGGUUUUCAGGGGAUUUCAAAGACAUAAGUGGGACUAAUUCCAAGUGGAACCCAUUUUCUGCAAUGUUUGCAUGCCCUUUGAGAGGAGGAGGAGGAGGAAGGGGAUCUCAGAAAGGACCUUGGGUUUAUCAUGAUGAUGAAGCUGCUGCUGCAUUCAUUGAAUUUUCUGAGCCAAGUGAUGAUGAUUCGGAUGAUGCUGACUGGGGAGAGAGGGGGAGAGGGGGCGAGUAA